GAGCGACCUAAGCGCUACAGUGUUGCUUGCCAAAUUCCCGCUGACGCAUUUGGCCAUAAGAAGUGGGGAAAGGUGCGUGAAAAUACAUAUGUUCAUAGGUUAAUUUUUAGAAAUAAAAGGAAAGUGGUUAUAACGUUGUCGUGUGUCCAGAAUACGUUCACCCUGUACCAUCCACUGACCGAAAAAAGUUAGCGUUCGUUUGUUCGUUCAGCACUUUCCUCCCAGUUCGUCUUGCAUCUAGUCACUGGACAGUUAUAUAUACAUGUUCAUCUAUAUAAACGUUUCUAGAAUAUCUGCUGCUUUAUAAAUAAUACCGAAACUAAGGUUACCAGUUUGCGCGGUCUGUUUGAAUAACAAAGUUCUUUUUAACGAGGUGCCGAAAGGGAAAGUUCGAAAGGCAAAAUUUUUACUUGGUUUAUGCAUGUUGUGACGUGAAGACGAUGGGAAUGAUAACCAGAGUCAGGGGACGGUUAAGAAGUUUACACACGCUACCAAAAUUGCAGCCUGAAGAACGAGACGAGAAGAUUGCCGAAACAGUAUGUCUCCUUUCGGUGCUGUUUUUACUUCCGUAUUGCUCGAAGGGUCACACACCACUUCUACUCAAACUUGGAGGAGUUUGGCUAGUUACUUAUUCCUGUCUAGUCCUGCCGGUACUUAUAAGUGCCAAUUAUAAAUAUCCCGUGAGAUGGUUAAGGAUGCUGCUGGUAAACAUACCAGGUAUGUUUUCUAAUUUCUUUUAUUUGUUCAAUUCAUACAUUCAUUUUCUCGCAACGAAUUUCAUUUCUCAGUUUUAUUUUUCUCUUUGGUUGCAGCUAGUGUUUUUCAUGAUGUGCGACAGAGUCCUCCUCUGUAAUUUCGGUGGUACAAACUGUCCUCAAAAAAAACUCACAGGUCUUUACACGUUGAUGUUUUAUAAUGUCUUGGCCUACUGCGUUUCCUACAUCAAGGAACUCAUCGAAAAAGAAGAUUGGUCACCGUACGUUAACAUGACUCAUCACAGUAAUCUCAAACACGUUGCCAUGUCCGCAACGAAAAUCGUUUUGGAAUGGACCAAGGCAGUAACGUUCAUCAUAACGGUCACCUUCAUGUUGUUGGUGUUUGGUCUUGAACAGGGUCUCGAGCAUUACCAGCCUACGGCCCUCUACACCAUCGUAACAUGGACGUAUUACAUGUGUACAGAAAAGGUGUUCGUUCAGUUCUUUCCAUCCGUACUAGUGUUUCUGAGACUGAGUUGUUUAGAAGCUUUGGAGUUUUUGUACGCGCCAGUUCUUUUACGAUAUUAUACCAUAACGGUCGCGGCGCUCAUGGGACUGAUUCUUUUGUUUUAUGGACAGUUCCGUUUCACUUUCAUAGCCACCUAUCUGACCGUUUAUUUGAGGACUAAAGAUUUGGUUGGCAAUUCGUUGAAGCAGUUGAAGAACGAGCAAGCAGUACUGAAUCAGUUCCGUUUGGCUUCUCUAGAGGAAAUAGAGAAUUGGGACGAUGUUUGUGCCGUUUGUCUCAGUCCUUUGAACAGAGCCAGGGUAACACCUUGUCAGCAUCUGUUCCACGCCGACUGUUUGAGACAAUGUCUCAAUUCAUCGAAAAAUUGUCCGAUUUGUAAGAGGGAAUAUACUUUUAUUGUGUAAGUGGUAAGGCGUUGUGCUUACACGGGACGAUAUGCGGACAUGGUGAGGAAUAUUCGAAAUUAAAUCGUAAAUAAUUGUAAAUCGUACCCUAUUAUGCUAUAUGCUAUAUGCUGUUCCCUAUACGUCCUGUGCCUAUUAUUUAUUGGAGACUGACAGAAAAGGCAAAUUUUUAAAAGCAAUAACGUAUCUCAAACGGUAAUUAAAAACAAAGAAAAAAGUAAUGAGUAGCUUAUAGCUUAUACAGUAGUCUGCAUUUAAAAUAGUAAAUUAGAAUAAGAUAUAUAUGUACAUACAUUUUUGCAUACACACGUAGAAGUAACAAGUAAAUAAAAUCAUUUUAAUCACUGCAACACCUUUAAGAUUGUGAUGUGUUUUUAUUAAAAAUUUAAAAAUUGCUUUAAUUUUUAAACUUCUAUUUAAAUUAAUUUACGUACCGAGAGAGAUCAUAUUGUUGCAAAUACAAUAUGUAAUACAUGUUUAAAUCUAGUGUAGUACGCUAUUAAAUUUGUUUUUUUAUGUAAAUCGUAUAUGUAUAACCUUAUUUAGCCUACGUAUCUAAGAUUAAAUACUUUUUCUAUAAAAUUAUUUUUUAUGUAAAUUUUCCUUUUUCCCUAUUACUUAUAACUAAAAAUCGAAAACUAAAACGUUUAAUCUAACAUUUGGUUGACUUUCUUUGUCAAUGUAUUUUGCACUAUUUUUCUAUUACGUGUGUAUUUUGAGGGUAUCUAUAAAUAAAAAUUAAUAUUGCGAAGAUACGCCGUGCAUAGUAUUGCUUGCUAAAUAAGUGUCUCUAAAUAUUCUAGAUGUUACCUACGCCUACAUGUUCAUGUUGUUUUAUUUGUACGUUUAUUGUAUUUCAUUUUAUUAUGAAAACAUUUUUUUAUCAAUCAUUCAAAUUAUUUCGUAUCAUGUAAUUUUAAUUUUAUUUAUAGAAAAUUGGUAAUUUCCACGUUUAAAAUAAUGUGUGUAUCUUAAAAGGUCUAUUUCAGCUGAAAUUUACAGUUUAUAAACGAUUUAAUACAUUUUAAAUGAAUUUGUAAUAAAAAUAUUUAAAAAGUA